AUGGCGACAACUACCUUACCAAUUUCUCAUCCAACAUUAUCUCCUAUCUCUCAAGAAACCUCGAAUGCAUUACAUAAUAUCCCUCAAAUCGAAUCAAAUUCUGCUUCUGCAGAAUCGAGUCGGCCUUCCUCAAUAGAUUCCAGUCAAGUCGACUCCAUCCCCGAAGAGGAUGAGUACGAGACCAGCAGUGAAGCUGUUAAUGAGCCAGUAACUCCUACAGAUUUUCAACAUCCUCAUCAAAACACGAGAAUAAUCACUGGCUCAGAGAUUUCUCAUGACAUCAUUCGCAAGCUUCCCCCAGGUUCAAUUCCACGUCCUACAAUUGCCAAUACCAUUGCAACUCCUCCACCUUCAUUGAACAACAAGACAACAUCAUCUACGUCACAAGGAAACGUAUACUCGCCCUCACCUUCAUUCACGCUCCCGAAAAGAUCUAUAUUUUCUACAAAAGAUUCGGGAUUGAGAGGUAAAGUUUCGAAAUUCUUCAAGAGAUCGAAUUCCCAAACUGGAAAUUUGUCAACCGCCUUAAAUGAUCAGACCAACCUUACGAACAAUAAUGGUUCCGAUCCAAUGUUAGGAAAAGAGCAUCGUCGAAUGUCAAUUGGACGAACGUCAACUUCCACCACAGCGUUCAAUUCUCGUACGAACACACCACCUUCGCCUAGUACGCCAUCCGAACCCCAGUCUUCACAAGAAAACAUAUUCUCAAGUGUAGGACCGAAUGAAUCCUUCACAAUGUCUAAAAAACAAAGAUCUUCGACGGGUCUAAGCAUGAGCUUAAUGAAUAGGUUUCAACAUUAUGGACCAAAGAUUGCCUUUGAUACAUCAGCAAUGGAAGACAAGAGCAAAGCCCAUCAGCGGGCUACAAGCGUUGAUUGGGAUAUUAAUAGUGCUACUGCCAUGGAUCCAUUGGUUAAGGAGAUGUCGCGAGAGCCUUGGGCAAUGCCAGCCGAAACUGGAAUUGGUUUAAAAUCAAGACGUUUGAGUAUGAGCCUUCCAGAUGACUUCCUUGUCGACGUCGUGGAAUUGGAUGAAGAAUAUCAUCAACAAAACACAUUCAUAGGACGCCGUGGAAAACAAGUGGGUAAAGGUGCUACGGCUCAUGUGAAGCUGGUGGUCAGAAAUGGUACCAAUGAUAUAUAUGCUGUGAAAGAAUUUCGUGGAAAGUCUACAACGGAAAAAGAAGGGGAUUAUGAGAAUAAGGUCAAAUCUGAAUAUUCAAUCGCAAAAGCCGCCCGCCACCCAAACAUUGUACAAACCUUUCGACUGUGUACACAUAAUGGUAGGUGGAACCAUGUGAUGGAAUACUGUGAGCAAGGAGAUCUAUUCAGUCUCAUCAAUCAGAAGUACCUCCACAAGGAAGACCAUUUGAGGGAUCGUCAAUGUCUAUUCAAGCAACUCAUUCAAGGCAUCUACUUUCUUCAUAGCAAUGGAAUUGCGCAUCGAGAUAUCAAACCUGAGAACCUGUUGAUCACCAAGGAUAGCAAGCUUAAAAUUACCGAUUUUGGUGUUUCCGAAGUUUUCGCUGGUAUUCAUCCUGGUUUUAGAGCCGCCAGAGGUGAGUGUGGAAAAGAUAUGACCGAGACCAGACUUUGUGCUCCUGGUAUCUGUGGUAGCCCUCCAUAUAUUGCUCCGGAGGUUCUUGCUAAGCAAGGUGAAUAUGAUCCAAGACCUCUAGAUGUAUGGAGUGCCGCCAUAGUCAUGCUUUGCAUGACAGCCAACGGAUGCCUGUGGGAAAGGGCGAAGCCCACCAGCUCACCCCUCUACGACGAACUCGUUCGCGGUUGGAAUAAAUGGAACGACAAACACGACGACGCUAACAUAACUGAUUCGGACUAUCCGCAUGUUUCAUUCUUUGAUAAACAUAUUAAUCCUCCCGCUCUUCGCCGCGUACUCCUUACUAUGCUCAACCCAAAUCCAAAGCAUAGGGCCAGUAUUGGAGAUAUUGCGAGAAAUCGAUGGAUGAAAAAUGUCGAGUGUUGUCAAGUUGAUAGUUAUGAUGAACCGACCAAGUUAAUCGAUGCGAGUAAAUGUGGCACGGGCAAUAGGAGUAUGAAUAGGGUGGUGGGCCACAAUCAUCUACCGCCCAAGGAACAUCAUGGACACAAGUUGGUCAGAUUGCCUGGUAGUACGGAUAUGUAA